CAGUUACUGCCUCCACCUCUCUCCUCCUCAUCCCUCCCUCAGUCCUCUGCCUUGUCUCUCCAUCCCCCGGCACACAGUCAGCCUGCAGCCGGCAUGGCCUCUCUUAGCUUCAAACUCCACCGCCUGGAGCUGCUGGCUGCCUAUCAGGAUGUCAUCCAGGAGCAGACCCCCACAGACUGGGCGUUGUACACUUAUGAGGAUGGCACAGAUAACCUCGCCUUGGCAGCAUCAGGAGGUGGUGGAUUACCUGGCCUUUCUAGCCACUUUGAGAACCAGAAAGUGAUGUAUGGGUUCUGCAGUGUGAAGGAGCCCAAUGCCAUGCUAGCUCGCUAUGUGCUCAUCAACUGGGUUGGUGAAGAUGUUCCUGAUGCCAGGAAGUGUGCAUGUGCCAGUCAUGUGGCCCAGGUGGCAGAAUUUUUCCAGGGUGUGGACGUUAUUGUGAACGCAAGCAGUGUAGAGGACAUAGAUCCUUUGGCAAUAAACCAGCGCCUAUCGAAUGGUUCGGGAAGGCUGGCAAGUCCAGUCUUACAACGACUACAGCUCAAAGAGGAUGGAACUGAUCCAGUGGGAACCAAUUACCAAAAGACAGACGCAGCGGUGGAGAUGAAACGUCUCAACAGGGAACAGUUCUGGGAACAGGCAAAAAGAGAAGAAGAAGAAAGGAAGGAAGAAGAAAGGCAGAAGGCUAUUGAGGAAAGAUUACGCUUUGAGCAGGAACGCAUGGAACAGGAACGAAAAGAACAAGAAGAACGUGAGAAACGUUACCAGGAAAGAGAACAGCAAAUAGAGGAACACAGAAGGAAACUGCAAGAUGAAGAAGCAGAGGAAUCAAAGAAAAGACUACAAAGCAAUUCCAUAUUUAAUUGUCUGUUUAUACCCUGCCAGAUGGACCAGAGGGACGAAGACGAGGCAGCAGAACAAAAGAGGACAGAAAGUGAAGUGGAAGAGGCUGCUGCCAUUAUCGCCCAGCGAACCGAAAACCCCAGGGAAUUUUUCAAGCAACAGGAGAAGGCAUUAGAUGGCAAUGUUUCCUUGCUAACUCCUCGAACCGCAGUGAGAAGUUCCUCAGAAGCAGGACCACCUCGUACUCCCGAGAAGGAGCGUCGUAGUAGCUUGGGUGAAGAGUGGAACAAAGCCCUGAGUUCUGAGCAGACUGUCCAGGAUAGUGCGUGGGAGCCACAAGGGCUCACAGAAGAUGUUUUUAUGGAGACAAGAGAUGACGAUGCUGGAUUCCCAGCUGCUCCUCAAUUGACAGGGAGUGAGGAAGAAGCUGUGAUGGAGCUGGGAGAGGUUGACUUGAUGUCAGGUGCUCACCCCCCUCCAACACAAGAAGCUCCUAGUCUUCUUGAUUUGUGGCAGAAUGAGGAGCCUCAGGAAUCCACCUGGACAGAUGGCAAUUUGAUGACAUCCCAUGAGGACAUCCAAACAGAGCAAAAAAACCUUGGGGAAACAGAGGCAUGUCCUCCUCCUGUCCCUGAGGAUAACCUUCUGAACUUUGAGGAGCUACCACAACCACCUCCUACCUUCUGUGACAUGGAGGCAGAGGAGGAUCCCCAGAGUAUUAUUCACAUUGAGGGUCCUCAUCAGAUGACUCUAAGCUAUCAGCAUGCAUUGCAAGAAGCUUCUUGUCAUCAGCCAGAGCUUACAGACUCUCUUCUCACAAAUGGAGAGACAUCUCAAAGAGAAGGAACUCAGGCAAGUGAAGGUUACUUUAGCCAGUCACAGGAUGAAGAUUUUGCUCAGUCCGAUGACCUAUCUGCUAAAGCGCCACCACCAGUGUUUUACAACAAACCACCAGAGAUUGACAUUACAUGUUGGGACUCUGACCCAGUCAUGGAAGAAGAGGAAGAUGAAGAAGAAGGAGGCGGCUUUGGUGAAAGUGCUUAGUAAUCCCCUCCCAAUUUACACUAAUACACGUGACACGAAUAUGUGACACAGCCGUUUAACAGCAAAGUAUUGUAGUAAUGGCUGAGGCUUCUGCCCCUGUUGGAGCCAUGCUAGUAAGACCCUGUCUGCUUACCCCUUUCCUUACCACCAUAUGUGAUUUUGGGAAGGGGGGGUCGGAGCCAGGUUGUCGAUUACUUCUCCACCUUUCAGUUAUACUUUUCUAUAUAUUCUAACACGCCAGUCAUAGCCUUGCUGGCAUCUCUCUGCUUUAUUUGAUACGAUAACGGGGAUUGCUAUUAACCCCUAUUGGUUGAGCCGACCUUGUGCAUCAGAUCCAGGAGCAGCAGCCAAGCACCUGGUUCCCUCAGUGUUAUUAGCUGGAUUUUUUAUUUUAAUUAUUAUUAUUAUUAUUUUUUUUUUUUUUACCAGCCUGUGCCGACUGCCUUUUGCAUUCGGAUUGAAGGAUGCAGAGAGAAUUUCUUGUUGUAGUUUUAUCUUUGUAACUUGUUCCUGCAGCUUUUUGAGGAAACAAAAUAGAAACUUAUGGCAAUAAUUAA